AAAUCAUGACCAAAUGAAUGGAGGGAAAAAAAGAAGACACCCCCACACAAUCCAACAAAUCCAAACAAGAUUAAUGUUCUCUCUUGAAAGAAUCGAAGGGAGAGUGACGAAUUAAAAGCAAGAAACCCUCUAAUUACAGAGAGAAAAGAAGAUAUUUUUACCCCAGAAGAAAAAAUGUCACAAUCACCAGAGGAUAAAACAACAAACCCUAACCCUAAUAACAAUCAAAAGCCACCACUAAUACCAAACCCAACACCAACAUCCUUAAACAGCAAAACAAGAACCUUAAGCUUCCCGGAGUUGUGGUUCAAAGAACAAGCACUAAAGCAUGUAACUUUGAAAAUGAAAUCUCUCUCAAAUAGCCCGCUAGUAUCACCCCCAUCUGACCCAGAUAAAAUCUUUGGUCUCCCAUCGAAUGACCCGAACCGACCUGAUUACACUUCCCUUCUCUCUGAUGAGCUCCUCCUUCAAGUCUUCAAUAAAGUCCCGAUUUCACAGUAUGUUUCUAACUCUCUUGUUUGCAAAAGAUGGUUCUUCCUUCAUGGACGUUUGGUGCAUUCAAUAAAGGUUAUGGAUUUUGGUUUUGUUAAUUCGGGUCGGGUUUUUACCCGGUUCCCAAAUUUGGAAAGCAUUGAUAUUGUUCAUGCUUGUAUUAAAAUGCCUAGGAAUUCCGGGAUUUUGAUCACUAGGAAUAAUUUUUCUGUUUAUGUUGGUACUAAGUUGUUGUCUGAUGGGUUUAUUGAAGAGAAUGAUUUAUUGUCGUCGGAUUUGAUUGAUAAUGGGGUUCAAUUGAUUAGUAAAUCGUAUCCCAAUUUGAGGAGAAUUGUUGUAUUUGGCACGAGCGAAAACGGGUUGUUGAGUAUCUCGAGCAAGUGUGAAAUUUUGCAAGAAUUGGAGUUGCAUUGUUGCGGGGAUAUGUCUUUGAAGGGGAUUUCCGGGUGUAGGAAUUUGCAAGUUUUGAAAUUGAUUGGUUGCGUUGAUGGUUUUUAUAAUUCGGUGGUGAGUGAUAUUGGAUUGACGAUUUUAGCUCAAGGUUGUAGGAGGUUAGUAAAGCUUGAGUUAUGUGGAUGCGAAGGGAGCUAUGAUGGGAUUAAGGCAAUUGGGCAGUGUUGUCAAAUGCUUGAAGAAUUGACUAUUUGUGAUCAUAGAAUGGAUGGUGGGUGGUUGGCUGCAUUAUCAUUUUGUGAAAAUCUGAAGACUUUGAGGUUGCAAUCAUGUAAGAGUGUUGAUUCAAGUCCUGGUCUGCUUGAACAUUUGGGGUCUUGUCCUACACUUGAAGAGUUGCAUGUCCAACGGUGUCAGAUGAGGGAUAAACAAGCAGUGAAGGCUUUAUUUUUGGUUUGCAAGACUGUUAGGGAAAUUGUUUUGCAGAACUGUUGGCGAUUGGAAGAUGAAGUGUUUGCAGCUGCAAGCGUUUGUAGGAGGGUAAGGCUUUUGUCUUUGGAGGGAUGCUCUCUGCUGACGACAGGGGGUUUGGAGUCAGUUAUUCUGAAUUGGAAGGAACUUCAAAGAUUAAUAGUAAUUUCCAGUAACAAUAUAAAGGACAGUGAAAUAACUCCUGAUCUUGCUACUCUGUUUUCUGUUCUGAAAGAGUUGAAAUGGCGACCAGAUUCCAGAUCUCUCCUGUCAUCAGGUCUUGCAGGGACUGGAGUGGGAAAUAAGGGUGGCAGAUUUUUCAAGGGAUUGAAAGUUUGAGCAGACCAUUUGAUGCUCUAGGAAUCUUGGCUUCAAUAUGGAGAACAAAAUGAUUUUCUUGGCAGCUGCAAACUAUUUUGGCACUAAGCAUGCAGUCCAUAGACAGUAAUCACUAUCAUAUCUAAUUUAGAUGAUUUAGCGUAGAGGUAACAGAGGAGGGAUUGCUGGUGAACUUCAUAAAGAGCCUGCUAAAGGGAGCUUAUGUCAAUGUCCUAUCACCUUCUUUGAUUUAUGGGAUUGAAAUGUAUGUCAAGUUGAAUAUCUUUUGUUAGCUUGUAACUGGGGAAGUUUUCUCCAACAUUCAAAUAGGUUAGAUAUUCUAAUUCAGCUAGUGAAUAGUUAGCUGAGUUGUUAGAA